ACACAUAAUUCCAGUGAAAAAUCAAGAGGGUGUGGCUAUGAUGUUCAUCAUUAACUUUGAAUAUGUGACAGAUGAGGAAAAUGCUGCUUCCCCAGAGAGGGUAAACCCAAUAUUACCAGUCAAAACUAUCAACCGGAAACUUUUUGGGUUCAAGUUCCCUGGCCUGAGAGUUCUCACUUACAGAAAGGAGUCCUUACCACAAGAAGACCCUGAUGUGGUCGUGAUUGAUUCAUCUAAACACAGUGACGAUUCGGUGGCCAUGAAGCACUUUAAGUCUCCUACAAAAGAAAGCUGCAGCCCCUCUGAAGCAGAUGAUACAAAAGCCUUGAUACAGCCCAGCCAAUGCUCCCCGUUGGUGAAUAUAUCUGGACCUCUGGACCAUUCCUCUCCCAAAAGGCAGUGGGACCGACUCUACCCUGACAUGCUUCAGUCAAGCUCCAAGCUGACCCAUUCCAGAUCGAAAGAAAGCAUUUGUAGUAUACGGAGGGCUUCUUCAGUCCAUGAUAUGGAAGGAUUCAGUGUCCACCCCAAGAACAUAUUUAGAGACCGACAUGCCAGUGAAGGGCCUUUUAAUCAUAUCAAGUCAAGCCUCCUGGGAUCCACAUCGGAUUCAAACCUCAACAAAUACAGCACCAUUAACAAGAUUCCACAGCUCACUCUGAAUUUUUCAGAUGUCAAAACUGAAAAAAAGAGUACAUCCCCUCCUUCUUCAGAUAAAACUAUUAUUGCACCCAAGGUUAAAGAUCGAACACACAAUGUGACAGAGAAAGUUACCCAGGUUCUCUCCUUAGGAGCAGACGUCCUGCCAGAAUACAAACUGCAGACGCCGCGCAUCAACAAGUUUACAAUAUUGCACUACAGUCCCUUCAAGGCCGUCUGGGACUGGCUUAUCCUGCUGUUGGUCAUAUACACGGCUAUAUUCACCCCCUACUCGGCAGCCUUCCUCCUCAAUGACAGAGAGGAGCAGAAGCGGCGAGAAUGUGGCUACUCUUGCAGCCCUUUGAAUGUGGUAGACUUGAUUGUGGAUAUUAUGUUCAUCAUAGAUAUUCUAAUAAACUUCAGAACUACUUAUGUAAAUCAGAAUGAGGAAGUGGUAAGUGACCCCGCCAAAAUAGCGAUCCACUACUUCAAAGGCUGGUUCCUGAUUGACAUGGUGGCAGCGAUUCCUUUCGACUUGCUGAUUUUUGGAUCUGGUUCUGAUGAGACAACAACACUGAUUGGCCUUCUGAAGACAGCUCGACUCCUCCGCCUGGUGCGAGUGGCUCGGAAGCUUGAUCGGUAUUCAGAAUAUGGCGCUGCUGUUCUAAUGCUCUUAAUGUGCAUAUUUGCCCUGAUUGCUCACUGGCUGGCUUGCAUUUGGUAUGCGAUUGGGAAUGUAGAAAGGCCCUACCUGACUGACAAAAUCGGAUGGUUGGAUUCCUUAGGACAACAGAUUGGAAAACGUUACAAUGACAGUGACUCAAGUUCUGGGCCAUCCAUUAAAGACAAAUACGUCACAGCACUUUAUUUUACCUUCAGCAGUUUAACCAGUGUAGGAUUCGGGAAUGUGUCACCUAACACCAAUUCGGAAAAAAUCUUUUCAAUUUGUGUCAUGUUGAUUGGCUCACUAAUGUAUGCAAGCAUUUUUGGGAAUGUAUCUGCAAUUAUCCAAAGAUUAUACUCGGGAACUGCCAGGUACCACAUGCAGAUGCUGCGAGUAAAAGAGUUCAUUCGCUUUCACCAAAUUCCUAAUCCUCUGAGACAACGGCUUGAAGAAUAUUUCCAACAUGCAUGGACUUACACCAACGGCAUUGACAUGAAUAUGGUCCUCAAGGGUUUCCCAGAAUGUUUACAAGCUGACAUAUGUCUACAUCUCAACCAGACUUUGCUACAAAACUGCAAAGCCUUUCGGGGGGCAAGUAAAGGUUGCCUUAGAGCUUUGGCAAUGAAGUUUAAGACCACCCAUGCACCUCCCGGAGACACUCUGGUUCACUGUGGGGAUGUCCUCACUGCACUUUAUUUCUUAUCCAGAGGCUCCAUUGAAAUCCUCAAAGAUGACAUUGUAGUAGCUAUUCUGGGGAAAAACGAUAUAUUUGGAGAAAUGGUUCAUCUUUAUGCCAAACCUGGAAAGUCUAACGCAGAUGUAAGAGCUCUAACAUACUGUGAUUUGCAUAAGAUCCAGAGAGAAGACUUGUUAGAGGUUCUGGAUAUGUAUCCUGAGUUUUCUGAUCACUUUCUCACAAACCUAGAGUUGACUUUCAACCUAAGACAUGAGAGUGCAAAGGCUGAUCUCUUACUACGAUCACAGUCCAUGAAUGACUCAGAAGGAGACAACUGUAAACUACGAAGAAGGAAAUUAUCAUUUGAUAGUGAAGGAGAGACAGAUUUUGGGAAAGGAAACAGUACAAAUGAUGCUGAAGAUUCUGGAGACACCAUAAGAAAUUAUCAGAGUUCCAAAAAACACACGGAAGAGAAAAAAAGCAGAUCUUCAUCUUUCAUCUCCUCCAUUGACGAUGAACAAAAGCCUCUCUUCUCAGGAAUAGUAGAUUCCCCACCAGGCGUAGGGAAAGCAACUGGACUCAAUUUUAAAGAAGUAGUGCCCACAUCAGGAAGAAUUCACAUAGAUAAAAGAAGUCACUCUUGCAAAGAUAUCUCUGACACAAGAAGCUGGGAGCAAGAAAAUGCCGGGACUCAGGCCGAUGAGUCUAGUCACUCAGCACCUCAGCAAACUGCCUGGGGGAUCUCUGAAACCGAAAGUGACCUCACUUGUGGGGAAGUGGAGCAAAGGUUGGAUUUGCUUCAAGAACAACUCAACAGACUUGAAUCCCAAAUGACUGCAGACAUCCAGACCAUCUUACAGUUGCUGCAGAAACAAACCACUGCGGUCCCCCCAGCCUACAGUAUGGUAACUGCCGCGGCGGAGUAUCAGAGACCCACCGUCCACCUGAUGAGAACCAGUCAUCCGAGAGCAUCCAUCAGGACGGAUCAAAGUUCUAGUCCUUCCUCACAAUGUCCUGAAUUUCUAGACCUUGACAAAUCUAAACUUAAAUCCAAAGAAUCGCUCUCAAGUGGUGUGCAUCUGAACACAGCUUCGGAAGACAACUUGCCUUCACGUUUAAAACAAGACAGCGAGCUCUCUUUAGAGCUUCACUCGCGGCAGAGAAAAACUUACCUUCAUCCAAUUAGGCACCCUUCUUUAACAGAUUCCUCCCCGAGCCCUGCAGGCAUCUUGGGUCUUCAUAGGCAUGUUUCUGAUCCUGGUCUUCCGGGGAAAUGA